UGCGGACCUGACGCCGCCGAACGUGGCGCGCGCAGGGUGGAAAACUGGGAACCGGAACCGGAGGAAGGAGCAAUGAGAGCGGUGCUGCUGCGCUGUCCACCCGGCUGCUUGGCGACAGCUUUCGGCUCGUUUUCUGCGUCUCGAAACAAACUCGCCGCCCAGUCAGCAGCAGCGGCGGGUCCUCGUCUGCUUUACUCGAGAAACACGAUGCACUAUCAAACGGAGGCGCGAGGACGUCCCCAUUCUCCCGACUACCGGAUUUAUUUUAAAACUCCUGAAGGAAAAUAUAUUUCACCAUUCCAUGACAUCUCACUUAUAGCGGAGAACGAACAGGAAAAUGACCUGCCAACUAAAAAGCCCAAGAAGAAUGAGAGCGAGGUGCUCUUUAACAUGGUCGUGGAGGUGCCUCGAUGGUCAAAUGCUAAAAUGGAGAUUGCAACCAAGGAACCACUGAACCCGAUAAAACAAGAUGUAAAGAAAGGAAAACUCCGGUAUGUCGCCAACAUAUUUCCCCAUAAAGGUUACAUUUGGAACUACGGCGCGCUCCCACAGACAUGGGAGGACCCAAACCAUACAGACGAAGAGACAAAGUGUUGUGGGGACAACGAUCCCAUUGACGUUUGUGAGAUCGGCACCCAGGUGUGCUUUCCCGGUCAGGUGAUCCAAGUGAAAGUUCUUGGCAUCUUGGCCAUGAUCGAUGAGGGGGAAAUGGACUGGAAGGUCAUCGCCAUCAACGCUAAGGACCCGGAUGCCAAAAACUUGAAUAGCAUAGAGGAUGUCCGCAAGAGCCGGCCUGGUCAUUUAGAGGCCACUGUCGACUGGUUUAGGAAAUACAAGGUACCAGAUGGGAAGCCUGAGAACCAAUUUGGAUUCAAUGGACAAUUUAAAGAUCAGGACUUUGCUGUGGAGAUCAUUAAGUCCACCCAUGAGCACUGGAGGGCACUAGUGCAGAAGCAGACAAAUAGCCACGGGAUAGAAUGCAAAAAUAUCUCCUGCAACGAAAGCCCUUCCAAAUGCAGUGCAGAGGAGGCCAGAGAUGUGGUGGCAUCGGCUCCUGCGCCGUGUGCCGGCUCACAUCCUGUGUCCCCCGCUGUGGACAAGUGGCAUUUUGUCUGAAGCCCAAAACACAACGUGGAACCAACGACCCCCUUUGAAGCAGCUGGAUUUAUUGUUGGUAUGGACUUAUUCUCAGCCGCAUAAACUGCCGUCUAAGUUUAAAAUGUGCAAACAUUAUUUUAUUUUGAGGUGAAUCCAUGUUAUCCUUUCUAUUAAAUUAUACUGUACAGGCACCGCCGUGUGAUUGGGUCCCUUCUAAAAUAAGACUGAAAGUCAUGCUAACGUGCUCUAAUUUGCCUUCAAGAGUUAAGUCUGUUCCUACUAGCAACCACAAAGAAAGCAGUUUGUAUGUAACAUGUAAACAAUUUCUUUGUUUGGGUAAAUAAAGAAAUGUUGUGAUCGUGG